AUGGCACCCACAGCAGGCACGCGCCUUCGCUUCAAGAACGCACGAUCGAAGAAAGUGCAGCACGCGAAAAAGAGUCCGUCGCUGAAAAAUCGCAUUCGGGGCCUCGAGCGCUUCCUCAGUCGCGGGGGAAUCGCUGAUGCUACGCGACGGGCCAAGAAAGCAGAACUGCAGCAACUCCAGGAAGAAUACAAGCAAAAGAGUCAAGCUGCAGUGGAGAAGAAGAUUGUCGAAAAGUGCAAGAGGCCGCGCUUUUUCGAGCGUGUGAAAGUGAUGCGAAAGUUGAGUCAGACGAAGAAGUGCAUCGAGCAGGCGAAGGAUGAAGCAGAAAAGGCUGUGUACGAAAAGAAGUUCAUGACGUAUCGCGAGCAGAUGAUGUACAUAUACUACUACCCGAAAAGCGAGACAUACAUUUCACUGUACCCGUCGACUUCCCACUCCGAGAAGAAGCAAACGCGUCAGGAUGAACUCCGCGCGGAGGCGAUUGCCCGUUUCGAACAGGAACAGCCCGAAGAGGCAUUUCAUCACUUUUGUUUCAACGACGGCGAGACUGCGGACUCGGGCCCUGCAAGGGCGACGAAGUCAGCUGUUGACCUUUUGCUCAAGAAUCCGACGAAGGAAAUGGCGAAGAAGCAGAAGAAGACACGAAGCAAGCGAGACAAGUCUGGAGAAAAGCAGCAAUACACGCCGGCUCUCGUCGAUCAAGAAGAUGAUGACGAUGGCAUGCCAGGGACAGCACGGGAGGAGAGUGAGAAGAACGAGGAGCAGGAAGAAGAAGAGGACGACUUUUUCCUGUAA